UAGCACAUGUAUUUUAGUGAGAAAGAGUUGUCAAAUUCUUAAACUAUCUCCACUCAAUUCUCCAUUUCUCUCUCUAGAAAAAAGAAGAACCCUUAGCGUAAACUCUCUGCGACCGAAGAACCGCACUCCGGCAGCCUUCAAUUCAAUUCCAAUGGCGAACAGCAAUCUUCCUCGUAGAAUUAUCAAGGAAACUCAACGGCUCCUCAGUGAACCUGCACCAGGAAUAAGUGCAUCUCCAUCGGAAGAUAAUAUGCGAUACUUUAAUGUCAUGAUUCUUGGUCCUACACAGUCUCCUUAUGAAGGAGGUGUCUUCAAGCUCGAACUCUUUUUGCCUGAAGAGUACCCGAUGGCUGCUCCUAAGGUUCGAUUCCUUACCAAAAUCUACCAUCCGAACAUUGAUAAGCUUGGAAGGAUAUGUCUUGAUAUUCUUAAAGACAAGUGGAGUCCUGCACUUCAGAUCCGAACUGUACUUUUGAGUAUUCAAGCACUUUUAAGUGCUCCAAAUCCGGAUGAUCCACUCUCUGAAAACAUUGCAAAGCACUGGAAGUCAAAUGAGGCUGAAGCUGUUGAAACGGCUAAGGAGUGGACACGCCUAUAUGCAAGUGGUGCAUGAAGACAUAGCAACGAAAUAUUCAAAAAUAACAAAAAUUAUGGAAUGUAUUCUAUUGACUUGCGUAUCAAUAUGGCACUUCGGAUGGCUGUUAAUGCCCGGACUCUUCGAUUACCUCCCAUAAUUGCUUCCCUGCCCUUGAAAUUGUAUAAUUUAAUGUGACAUCCGUUGGUUUUCCAGUUUUCAGGAAUGAACUUCUUACAACAAAACUGGAUAUGGUUUUGAGAAAAGGAUAAUGUCACUGCAAGGGUAGUUAAUGAUUCAGAUCUGUGGUUGGAAUUGGAAACUAAUGUUGCUGCAGCUGGUAUGAACCUCCAUAGAUUUGUUUCAAGAUAAUGAAUGUGCUAACCUAGAGAUCAAUGUUUGACCUG